AUGACAAAUGUAUUGUCAUUUUCCAACUGUCAAAGUAACCCUAUAUAUAUCUCAGAAAAUAUGUAGUCUGUUUCGGCAUAUGAAAGGACUUAAUUCUGAUCUCAUGAAAGAUUUUGCAGACGAUUGCAAAUAGCUUUGACAACUUUAUUUCUUAAGAGUGAAGGAGUGAACAGGCUAACCAGCAUUCUUCAAGAGAAGCAUAAGCCAGCUUUUUAAAUAGUUAGACUCUGGUCGUGCAAGAAAGAAGUGAGAAGUUUUUUCGAGAAAGUAAGUAUUCCAUAAUUCCAAUGAAAUAACAUACAAAAUGUAAUUGUGUUUUGAUUUUAACAUUAAACAAAUAGCUGUUCAUUUGAUGGCAUAAGACUGAACAAUUUUAAGGAGGAAGAGGAUGUGUGGAUCAUGGUAGUAGGCUUUUACCCACACACUGGGCUCAGUGCUGUUCCUGAAAAUACAUAAUGUUACAGAAGUUCUUUCUCCUUAUUGUCUUUGGGCUCUUCUCCUUCACUUCAAGCCAAAUAUCUCACCAGUAUCAUUUCAUAAAUAUCAGUAAGAACUGGACCGAAGCUCAGAGUUUCUGUCGAGAUAUGUACACAGACCUGGCAACUGUAAAUAAUGUGGAUGAGAUGAACAGCUUGUUCAAGACCAUAACUGAUGUUUCACAUGAUGUGUAUAUUGGACUUCAUAGAAGUCAAGUGUUCAAAUGGCACUGGUCCCUUCCAGACAGUUUCUACAAUGAAGAUACUUUCCAGAACUGGAAAAAUGGACAGCCAGAUAUACAUAAUAAUGAGGGCUGUGCUGUGAUGCAAAACAACGGGAAAUGGUUUAACGAUAGUUGUGACACAAAGAGGCAGUUUGUAUGCUUUAAUGCAAGAGCCAAUAAAAUGUAUAUCCUGACUGAGCAGAAUAAAUCCUGGAGGGAGGCUCAAGAAUACUGCAGGACCUUCCACACUGGUCUAGCCAAUGCCAGAAACAACUCUGAAAAUAAGGAUGUCAGUAAGACUGUCAAUAGCGAAGCAUGGAUCGGACUGUUUAAAGACCCCUGGUUGUGGUCAGAUCAGAGCAACUCUUCUUUCCGGUUCUGGAAUUUCAGCCAGUUAAUCAACAUCAGUAGAGAUCAGGACUGUGGUGCAGUGAUGGUGAAUGAAACAGGGAGAUGGAAUGACGUCCGAUGUGAUGUAUCUCUGCCCUUUAUCUGUCAUGGUGAUCUGAAAGCUCAUCCAACCACUAAACCAGCUACCCCCAGACCAGCAACAACACAGCACAUACCAGCCCAAAACACAACAGAGCAGGAAAAUACAAGCACACAACCAACAAAAAUACUCACUACAGGUGCAGAACAAGAUAACCUGAUUCUGGUCCAUGAAAAUCUCACAUGGAUUGAAGCUGUGAGUUACUGCAGAAAGCACCAUGUGGACCUGGUCUCCAUUCCCAGUGAGGAGCUUCAGAAUAAGGUAGCGAGGAAAGCCUUCCAGGCCUACACUUCUCAUGUAUGGCUGGGUCUCCAUUACUCCUGCACCUUCAACUUCUGGUUCUGGAUAAAGAACACAGAAAUGGGCUGCUACCAGAACUGGGCACCAGAUCAUGGGCCAAAUGGUUUUGAGGAUUGUGGGAUAUCAGGAGCCAUGGAGUCCACUGGGGGGCACCGUUGGGUUGGGAGGCCAGGGAGGGAAAGGCUUAAUUUCAUCUGUCAAACCUGUGGAAGUUGCCAGUUAUGUACUGCUGAAUUGUAACUAUAAUGAACAAAGACAUUCUGUGAAGAGGCAGUCUGAAAGAGGCUGUGGAUAGCGGAUUGAUCCGUAGACUAUAUUUGUUAAGUCAGGGUAUCUGCAGGUAUCAGCAUUUCCAGUUUAAUACUUUUUAAUACCCUUUUGAAGACCUUCUCAAUCAUUCACAUUCUCUGUUCCUCACUGUUGGAAAGCUCUUCCAACAGAUAUCACAAAUACAGUUGUCUUUUGUUCUAAAUUGCAAAUAGUCUGUGUUUGAUAUGUACAGUUUUACUAUUAGCUAUGUAGCAGAUAUAAAAAUGUAUCUUUAAUUAUUUGUAUUUUUUUUGUAAAGCAUAUGAAAAUAAUGUUAAUUUCACUAUAUUGA